UCUGUUUCCAACAUUCAUUCGUUCACUCCCACAAAUUCUCAGCUCUCCACCAACUCGCUCCCGACUCGGCUCCGACUCGGUCUCACUCAGUGCCGCCGCCGCUUCAUCAAAAUGUCAGUUUUGGGACGGCGAGGAAUUCAUUAUUUUCAUAAACUGAACUCUGCAAACAUUCCCAAUGCAUUGAUUGAGAAGGGUCAAAAUCGUGUUAUUGAAGCUUCUCUCACACUCAUUCGAGAGAGAGCGAAGCUCAAGGGUGAGCUCGUACGUGCUUUAGGAGGUGCUGUAGCAUCAGCUUCUCUUCUUGGAGUUCCUUUGGGACAUAACUCAUCAUUUCUUCAAGGUCCAGCAUUUGCACCUCCUCGGAUUAGGGAGGCCAUCUGGUGCGGGAGCACAAAUCCAACUACAGAAGAAGGGAAAGAACUAACCGACCCCAGAGUGCUGACUGAUGUUGGUGACGUCCCUGUCCAAGAGAUCAGGGACUGUGGUGUAGAAGAUGAAAGAUUGAUGAAUGUUGUGAGCGAAUCUGUCAAGCUGGUAAUGGAAGAGGAUCCAUUACGCCCAUUGGUUUUGGGAGGCGACCACUCCAUAUCUUACCCUGUUGUCAGAGCUGUCUCUGAGAAGCUUGGGGGUCAAGUUGAUAUUCUUCAUCUAGAUGCCCAUCCUGAUAAUUAUAAUGCUUAUGAAGGAAACUAUUUUUCGCACGCUUCUUCUUUUGCACGAAUCAUGGAAGGUGGUUAUGCCAGGCGACUUUUGCAGGUUGGCAUAAGAUCAAUAUCACAAGAAGGAAGAGACCAGUGCAAAAGAUUUGGAGUGGAGCUGUAUGAAAUGCGAACUUUUUCACGAGAUCGCGAGUAUUUGGAAAAUUUGAAACUCGGAGAGGGCGUAAAGGGUGUUUACGUUUCAAUAGACGUCGAUUCUCUCGAUCCUGCAUUUGCUCCUGGAGUGUCUCAUAUUGAGCCAGGAGGUUUGUCUUUCCGUGAUGUUCUCAACAUCAUCCACAAUCUCAAAGGGGAUAUCGUUGGUGCGGAUGUCGUAGAGUUCAACCCUCAACGAGACACCGUCGACGGGAUGACAGCCAUGGUUGCUGCUAAGCUGGUAAGAGAACUCACAGCUAAGAUAGCAAAGUGAAAAAGCUUAUCUGGUUCAUCCAUUAGGAUUCUUGCUACUGUUGAGUUGAGGGAAAUUUCAGUCACCCAGUAACUAGUGCACUACUGAGUGAUGAACAUUAUAGGGUCUUAUCUUUGUACUCCAGGCAACAUGCUGACCUUUCGUUUAGGGGCCUAAUCUUUAUAUAGGAAGGUUUAGCAUUCAAAAGUUGAUGGAAUCAUUGAAGAACUUGAGAGUAGUAUUUAUAAUUUUGGUCAUUUCAAGCUUUUCUUCUGUGCAAUACAUGUGGAAUACAUUGAAAAUCCUUUUGCUUGAGUUCUUCCCAGUCAGUUCAGGAUCUCUUCUUUUCUUUUAA